AUGGGGACUAAAGGGACCACAGUGGGCCUGCAAGAGAUAGUGGUUGCCGGGCUUCUCACAGAGCCCUCCUUUCACAUGGCAGUGUGUGCAGCAGAGGCUCUGAGGAAGAAUUUUCCAACCAAGAUCGCAGAGCCUAAAUUGUUUCCUUUGCUGGAAUUUGCAUGGGCUGAGUAUCUACAAGAGAAAAAAAAGGAGUUGAGAGGAGAAGUAUGGGAAUAUCCCUCCAUCGUGAUGUGUUUUGUUGACGGCCAGCUUGUUGGAGAUGAAAAAAUGCUGCUGAAAUGGGCUUAUGAUGUUUGGGAUUAUAAAGAUUUUAAACCUAUAGCCCUUUACCAAGCUAUUACAGAUGAUUUCUUCACAAAAUACAUGAGAGGCAAAAAGCAUGUGUUCGUGUGCUUGAAUGUAGCUAUUCAGGAGGUGCUUAUUGGACAAUUGCUGUUUGAGCUCUAUUCUGAUAUAUGCCCCAAGACAUGCAAGAACUUCACAUGUUUGUGCACAGGGGAGAAAGGGAUGUCUAUAACUGGGCAGGCACUCACCUACAGUGGUUCUAUCUUUCAUCGACUUGUCAAAAAUGGAUGGAUACAAGGAGGAGACAUAAAAGAAGGGAAAGGGGAUGGCGGCGAGUCUAUAUAUGGACCUGUCUUUGAAGAUGAAACCUUUGCUGUUCCACAUGACAAAAGAGGGGUUCUUGGAAUGGCCAACAAAGGACGCCACAGCAAUGGAUCCCAGUUCUACAUCACACUACAGCCAGCCCCGUAUUUGAAUGACAAAUAUGUGGCUUUUGGGCAAUUAAUUGAGGGUUCAGAGGUUCUCCAGAAACUGGAAGCAACAGAAACAUUCAAUGAGAGGCCGGUUGUAGAAUGUAAAAUUAUUGGCUGUGGAAUUUUUGAGCCUUGA